UCGGAUGAGAGAUAUCGGCACAAGCUGCCGUCAGAUGCUGGUCUUGUUACGCUCCUCCUUGCAUGUAGAUUUCUUCUCACGUCAAUUUUCUGGAGGUUCCCGAAUAAGCCCAGGCCCCUGGCACUCCGCGCCGCCCGGCUAUCCCCACUCCCACAGCUGGCAAUCACCCGCCGGCUGAGAACCUGUUUGGACUGCAGCACUGCGGCCCAACCAAUCAGCUGUUGCAUAACACUCGGUGGAGCUAGCCGUUGAUUUGAUGCCUGGGCUCCCCUGACCUCUGCCAUUUUGGCCCGUGACGCAACAACACCACUUUGCAUUUCCACUGAAGAAGCUGUGGUGGUUGGCUUAUGCAUCGUUGUGUUUACGAAUCUGCCAUCGUGAGACUCGACUGUUAUCUUUCUGGUCGUGUAUUGCAGCCCAUACGGAUACGAUUGUUUAGAACGACUAAUCAUAGCACUACAUACUUCCAACCCAUUAUUGAGUUAACACCCCCACAUUCAAUCCCAUCCAACCUUCUUUCAGGUUGGGCAGCCCCCGGUUCUGCUCGCACUUCUCCACUUGCAGCUCGCGACUCAAACCGUCAGUCCGUCACGGCGUCGCAAACAGUCGGAACACCAACCUCAUCACCGCCAAAAUGACCACCCACAAAGCAAAGGCUGCCGACGACGAUAUUGAUGACUUGUUCAAGGAUAUCGGCGCUGAUUCGGCCACCACUAAAGCCCCCAAGACAAAGCUGCCUGCAAAGGGCAAGCCAGACCCCGCGACCGAUGACUUUGACCCCCUGGCCGAGCUCGAAACCCAACUCGGCGAGGAGAAGGCACCGCGACCUCACACACCUCGCAUCCGCGAAAAUGUACAGAAAGCUUCGCCGGCGCUGAAGCGCACAUCUACCAACACCCCUCCUCCUCGCGCCGACACUGCUCGCAAGUCAGCCGAGAGUACCGGUUCCUACCAUGCCACCCCCAGCGCCACCAGCUCCGACGAGGUGGAGAAGAAGCUCGAGCAACCUCAAGCGACAGCCACCGCAUCGAGCGGCGGUGGUGGCUGGUGGGGUGGCUUGCUGUCUACCGCAACGGCAGCGAUGAAGACAGCAGAAGCCGCUGUCAAGGAGAUUCAACAGAAUGAAGAGGCUCGCAAAUGGGCCGAUCAAGUUCGUGGAAAUGUCGGUGCUCUGCGCGGCCUAGGCGAUGAGCUUCGUCACCGUGCCCUUCCCUCCCUCACCACAAUCCUCCACACCCUUGCGCCGCCGAUUUCCUCCCACGAGCGUCUCCUGAUCCACAUUACUCACGACCUAGUCGGCUAUCCGUCACUUGACCCCCUCAUCUACGCAGUCUUCAACCGGGUUAUGGCUCAGGUAGAAGGAGGGGACCUGCUUGUCAUUCAGCGUGGGCAAGAAUCUGGUGCCGCAUCCAAUGCGCAACACUCUACUGCCGGCUGGCGCGACGGUCCAUGGUGGAGAGUCACGGAUGCUCCUGGGAGAGACUUGGGGAUUGUUGGUGGACUAGUGGAAGGCUCCAAGCUGUGCAGGGCCAACGCGGAGGGAUACGCCACCGACUACUUCAGCUCCCGUGGUGGGAUUGAGACAGCUCGCCAGAGAGCCUUGGAGCCCGUCUCUGAAUCCAACCCUGUGCGCUCGUCGGAUAUCUUCCUCAGUGUCCAGGCUGUUUCUGUCAAGGGAGACAAGGGUCUGUUUGCGGGCACGGCGGGAGAAGAAAAGGCCAAGCAGGACAGCAUGGCCCAGGAGGAGGAAGAGAAUCAUGACCAAGUCGUGUUUGCCAUUUACAUUUUCGAUCCCGUCCACGACAUUCGGUAUUCGGCUGUUAGCCAAGGGGUCCCGGCAAAAUGGAUCAAGUGGCUAGAUGUUGCGCCUUCAGCGGGUGAGAGCGACGAGGAUGAGUUUGAGGAGCAGUUUGGACGAGUGCCGGAUGAUAUCAGGGACAUUAUCGAGAGCGGCGGGGUUGACCCGAGGGAAUGGGUUGCCGAGUGGCUUGAAGAGGCGCUGAGUUUGUCGGUAGGCGUUGUGGCGCAACGCUAUGUCGCUCGUCGCAUGGGUGUAGGAGAGGGGGCUGGCAUAAUGAAGGGGAAGCAAAAGGUAGAGAGCGUGAUGGCCGAGGGUGGAGGGGAGGCUGCCAGAGCUGGUCUCAUUUAGUCACCUGAUUGUACACGGGCAGUGUCAUGAUUUUAAGAAGGGACGGUUGCUCAAGUUUGAAUGAGAAUAGGUAUUCUGGGUUCUUCCUCUGCCAAGACAACAGAAUCACCACGACACUGAGCUUGCUUCUCUGG